UGACCCAGAGACCCCCAAAAAAAGAAGUAAAAAAUGAUUCUUCUUUGUAGCGGUGAAGCCUUUGAUCUGCUGCGACAGUGAUCCAAUUUUCUCCAAUUCUCCUUUCGAUCAAUCACAGUAGCUUCUACGCCGGAAUUAGUUUAGAAGUCAUUAGCUUGUUUGACACCCUAAGAAUAAGAUGUAUCUGUAGCAUAGGAAGCAAUGGGGAAGCCGUCGACGAGUGUCUGUAACACAAUGCAAAGGAAGAGAUGGGCUCUGAUGAUUUUGUUGGUUCUCUCUGUAUCAACCAUUGGGGUGAUUCUAGUGAGAUCUAGCUUUGACUUCUGCAGCGUUGGUGGUAAGAUCAGCAGCCACCAAUUCGUCGAGGAGAAGUUUCGGUCAGCUCCAGAACUGCCGAAUCCUCUAGGAUUCAUGAAAUCGAAGCUCGUUUUACUAGUCUCCCAUGAGCUAUCGCUCUCAGGUGGACCUUUGCUGUUAAUGGAGUUGGCGUUUUUGUUAAGAGGAGUUGGUGCUGAAGUUGUUUGGAUCACUAAUCAGAAACCACUCGAAGCAGAUGAGGUUAUAUACAGUUUGGAACACAAGAUGUUGGAUCGAGGAGUGAAGGUCAUCUCUGCAAAGGGAAAGAGAGCCGUAGAUACAGCUCUCAAGGCUGAUUUGAUUGUUCUAAAUACUGCCGUGGCUGGGAAAUGGCUCGAUGCCGUUCUCAAGGAAGAUGUUGGCAGAGUUCUUCCCAAGAUCCUCUGGUGGAUUCAUGAGAUGAGAGGUCACUAUUUCAAGGCUGAUUUGGUCAAACACCUCCCGUUUGUUGCAGGGGCGAUGAUUGAUUCCCACGCAACAGCUGAAUACUGGAAAAACAGAACUCAGGCUCGCCUAGGGAUUAAAAUGCCCAAAACCUACGUAGUGCAUCUAGGAAAUAGCAACGAAUUGAUGGAAGUAGCUGAAGAUAGUGUUGCCAAGAGAGUUCUCCGUGAGCACGUGGGGGAAUCUCUUGGAGUGCGGACUGAAGACAUACUGUUUGGCAUUAUUAAUAGUGUAUCGCGUGGAAAAGGCCAGGACCUCUUCCUCCGAGCCUUUUACGAAAGUCUUGAAAUUAUCAAGGAGAAGAAACUUCAGGUACCAACAAUGCAUGCAGUAGUUGUAGGAAGCGACAUGAGCCGACAGACAAAGUUCGAGACAGAACUACGCAACUUUGUCCAAGAGAAGAAACUUGAGAACUAUGUUCACUUUGUCAACAAAACCUUAACCGUGGCUCCAUAUGUAGCUGCCAUUGACGUCCUUGUCCAAAACUCCCAAGCCAGAGGAGAAUGCUUUGGGAGAAUAACAAUUGAAGCCAUGGCCUUUAAGCUACCUGUACUAGGCACUGCAGCCGGAGGUACAAUGGAGAUUGUGGUGAACGGAACGACUGGUUUGUUACACAGUGCGGGUAAAGAAGGCGUGAUGCCUCUCGCCAAGAACAUAGUGAAAAUGGCGAUGCAAGUUGAGUUACGGCUAACAAUGGGGAGAAAGGGGUAUGAGAGAGUAAAGGAGAUGUUUUUGGAACAUCAUAUGUCGCAUCGAAUAGCUUCGGUGCUCAGAGAAGUGUUGCAACGCGCAAAGGCUCGUGCUUUACGAUGAGAUAUGAGAUCAUUGUAACUGGAUUUUUUUUUUUUUUUUUUCCAUCAGCUGAUUCAUGGGAAUGUUCUUUGUGUCUCUCUCGUUAGCUUCCAUGGAAUCGGGUUUUACAAAGGAGGCUUUUUGUAUAAUAGUUGUAGCGAAAGAGUCCCAGUUUGGGCAAUUUUUAA